AUGGAGAACGAGGAGCUCUUCGCGGGCGAACCCGCCCUGGAUGUGCAACACGCUACUGAGAAUUUGGUUCAAGAGACACGUCGCACUGCAGAUGGCACAAUCUUGAGCGUGCACCAUGAGCCCCUGCUGGUCAACAAUGACGUGGAUGAUGAAUGGCCAGAGGAUGUACAGCAGCUUCGCGACGCCGACACACGCCCGCGAUGGAGAAGACCGAGUAUUUACUGGCUACUUCCAUUUGCACUGGUCUUCACCAUUGGAUUUGGUGGCUUGGCUGUGCCCAAGGUUACUCUAAUGAGGGAUUUAGUAUGCCGCGACUAUCUCUACGAAAGGAGUGUUAAAGACCCUAAUUUUACAUACCUCCCGGUGAUUGUAUCCGGAGACAAUCCCCAAUGUAAAAUCCCCGAAGUUCAGUCCAAGGUCGCCCAGCUGCAGUUAUACAUCAACCUCAUUUCUGGCCUUGUCGCAGCCCUGGUCAGUCCCCGGCUCGGCCGCUUAUCAGAUGCCUAUGGCCGAACUAAAUUAAUUGCUCUGUCCGGGACAUGUGCUGCGCUCAGUGAACUAAUCACUUGUUUUCUGGGAACGUGGCCCGAAUCUCUCUCCGUUUAUCUGUUUCUGUUUGGAGCGCUGGUGGACGGACUGGGUGGCUCUAUCACUGGUGCCCAGGUGGUGCUUCAUUCUUACGCAACUGAUUGCACAACUCCCGAUCGACGGAGUAUGGCAUUUGGUUUAUUCCACGCUGCACUGUUCUUGGGCGUGGCAGCUGGGCCGAGCGGUGCAGCACUCAUCAUCAGUAAGACCGGGAGCUCGUUGAUCGUAUUUUACACGGGCUUUUUAUUGCACGUCUUCUUUUCCUUGGCUGUUCUUUUCGUUGUUCCCGAAUCCCUAUCUAAGGAACUCCAACUCGUGGCUCGUGCUAAGCACCGCGUCAAGCCGACAGACGAUGAACCAAAAUGGUAUUCGUGGAAGGCCCUCAACCCGAUGAACCUCGUCGCUCCUCUAAAAAUCCUUUGGCCUGCCGUUGGACGACCGAGUGCUCUAUUUGCCAACCGGAAAGGUGCCAGCCCAGCUUUACGCCGCAAUAUCCUCAUGCUGGCCGUGAUGGACGUGGCUUUAUUCGGCGUCGCCAUGGGCACGGUGCAGGUCAUCAUUAUUUAUUCUGAGUAUAUGUUUGACUGGGGGAACGUGGAAAUGAGUCUGUACAUUGCGGUAGUCAAUGGUCUGCGCACUGCCAACCUAUUCCUAACCUUGCCUCUCGUUUCCUGGCUUUUCCGUACGCCGACCCCUAAUGACGGCAAGAUUCGCGGAUCCGACAUGCUCGACGUCAUGAUCAUUCGGAUAUCUGUUCUCUUCGAUAUUCUUGGUUACAUUGGUUAUACUCUAUCGAAGACAGGCACUACUUGGCUUGCUUCGGGUAUUGUCACUUGUCUUGGUGGAAUGGGACCCCCAACAAUUCAGUCAGCGCUCACUAAGCAUGUACCACAUGACCGCGUUGGUCAGCUGCUUGGCGCAACAGGGCUCUUGCAUGCUCUUGCUCGGGUGGUUGCACCUACCAUCUUCAAUUUGAUCUAUAGUUUGACUGUUGGGUCAUAUCCUCAAACGGUUUUUAUGCUUCUUGCAUCUGUUUUUGGAGCUGCAGGAUUCUUGAGCUUGUUCCUUCGACCACAUGUCACCCUUGAUGAUGAGCCUGAAUUUGACAUAGCAGUUGAAGCUAACGAAGAUGGAGAAGGCGAGGAGGAUCAAUUGCUUUUAAGAUAA